AUGGCUAACUUAGAUGUUAGUGAGCUUGGUAUAUCGAAGAAUUUACUCCAAAUGAAUUUUAUGCGACGAACUCUCGUAGCCAAGGAGAAGGCUACUAAUCAAAGUGCCCCAGACAUCCUUCCUAAUUCACAAGAGUAUGGAUUUAAACUCCCUUCUUCUGUAGAAAAGCAUAUCAACAAAAGAGCUACCAUCCUUAAGUCGAAAUAUCGUUAUCAGUUUGUUAAAAGUAUUUUUAAGCUCUACAAUGUAUCACCUGGGUUUCGAGAAAGUUUCGGCGGCUUUAAUUCUACUAACGCCGACUCCAUUCCUCAAUCUCUGGUUAAUAACUUACCCGAUCCUCGUUUGCCCAAUCGAGACAACUCUGUUUGUGAAUAUUCGCAAUCAUUUGAAGGCCGGGCAUCAAAAACAAGUAUCCGUUUCAAAAGAUUUGAAGAACACAAACCAUCGAAGUUCAAAAACCCAAAACAUCGAAGAGAAAAAAGAAAAAGCUGUAAUUGAAAAUUAUUUGCCUUAUAUUGGGCAAAGAACAAAUCUUGAAUUCUUCGAAUAACUAUUUAAAAAAUAAUCGCCUUUUGAAUGAAGGUGAUACAAAGACAUUCAUUAAAGGGACUCAUAUACCAACAGAGAUUGAUAAGCUUAUCCUUGAAUACCCACGAAGGCUAUAUGCAAACGGUUAUAACUUACUAUGUUUUUCUAUCUUAUGAAAUUCCCGAAUGUUUUGGUCCAUUCUUAAUUAAAUUUUUCCCGAAUCUAGUAAAUCUGUAUUGUUACCAUAAAAGAAUCUGAUUUGCACAUACUGCAAAUGAUUGUUAGACUGAUAUCACACCAACUGUUGCUAAAUUAUUUUUAAUCCUUAUCUUAAUUCUUAGUAAUCUGUGUAAUUAGUGUUAAUAGAUGUUAAAAUCUGUGGGAGAUGAAUUUAAUGUGCUGUAAACACUACUUCUGAUAUGAUUAGAGUCCAUCUUUAAUAAAACAUCUAAUUUUCAUUUUAAAUGAUUUGAAGACUUUAUGGUUCUGAUGUGAUGAAGUUUUAUUGAAAUGCUAAAAUUUAUCUAAGUGCCUAUGAGGUUGUACUAGUUUAUCUUUGAUUUAUGUCGGGUUUCUAUAUCUCUUCUUU